AUGCAAACAGUAAGGCUGAACAGAGCAGCGGUUGCUGCUAGUGCAGCUGUGAUGUUCAUUCUGCUCUGCGUCAUCUCCUACUUACCUUCGACACCUGCAAAUCUGCAACUCAUCAGGGCAAUUAGACCUGAGCCUGAUUUGUUGAAAGGCAACAAAAUCGUAGAGGAGGAUACUACAGCUCAUCUUCGAAUAACUACUAGAGCCCAGAGAGUGACCGCUUCUUCAGAGGACAACGAUUAUGAAACCGAAUUUCGAAGGAAGAAAGUUGUGGAGAUGAUGCAGCAUGCGUGGAGCGGCUAUAAGAAUUACUCUUGGGGAGAAAAUGAGCUGCGACCAGUAUCGAAAUCCUUCAACAAGCAGGAUAUUUUCGGUGGACGUGAGAUGCCGGCUACGAUUGUCGAUGCAGCUGAUACUCUCUUCAUAAUGGGCCUCAAGGAGGAAUACGAAGAGGCUCGCGACUAUAUUGAGAAGAACUUCGACAUGAGCAAAGCGACCGGUACACUCUCGGUGUUCGAAACAAACAUUCGCUUUUUAGGAGGUCUAUUGUCGCUUUACGCGCUUACUAAAGAAGAAUUUUACAUCAGUAAAGCGAGGAGUGUGGGAGAAGCCCUGCUGCCGGCUUUCAAGACGCCUUCAGGAAUCCCGAAGAGUAAUCUCAAUAUGAAAACCAAGCUGGCUUCGAACUACCAUUGGGCUAAUGGAGGGUAAGG